AUGGCCGACAUGACUCAGGUUCCCGUCAAUGGCAACUACCCUGCCCAGCACGGAUACCCCGAAUCCUACAACCACGCAGCCGCCACCAUGAACAAUGCUGCCAGCUUCCAGCCUGCCCAGACUUCCACUCCCACCACCUCCACUCCUACCGAUCAGCAGAAACAUGAGAUCUCCAAGGAUGAGGUCGGCUGGUACUUCGUCGAGCAGUACUACACCACUAUGAGCCGCACCCCCGAGAAGCUUCACCUCUUCUACUCCCGCCGUUCUCAGCAUGUCUUCGGCACCGAGGCCGAAUCCGUUCCCGUUACUGUUGGCACCAAGGCUAUCAACGAGAAGCUCAACUCUCUGAAGUUCCAGGACUGCAAGGUUCGCGUCCUGAAUGUUGAUUCCCAGGCCUCUUUUGACAACAUCCUGGUGUCCGUCAUUGGUGAAAUCUCCAACAACUCCGAGCCUUCCCGCAAGUUUGUUCAGACUUUCGUUCUUGCCGAGCAGCCUAAUGGCUACUAUGUGCUCAACGACAUCUUCCGAUACAUGGCCGAAGAGCCCGAGGAGGAAACCGAGCAGCCCACCCCGGCUCCUGUUGCCGAAGCUCCCGAGGCCGCUGUCGCAGUUCCGGCUCAAGAGGAAGAGGCCCAGGUCGUGGGUGAAGCUGCUGUCUCUAAGGUCGACGAGAAGCUCGAGGAGGUUGAGGCCAACGGUCACGUUGAGGAGCAGCCCAAGGAGGUUGUUCCUGAGACCAACGGUGCUCCCGCUGAGGAGGCCCCUGCCCCUGUUCCCGCCGUCCCGGCUGAGGUUGUGACUGCCGAGAAGCCUGCUACUCCUGAGCCUUCUCCCGCUCCCGAGAAGGCGGAGAUUGCUGAGAAGGAAGCUGCUCCCGCCCCUGCUGCCCCCAAGACUUGGGCCAACAUCGCCACUACCUCUUUCGCGGCCAAGGCCGCUGCCGCUGCCAAGGCUGCCGGUGCCCAGGCUGCUCCCGCUUCUGCUCCUGCUGCCGCUGCUCCUAAGGCUGCCGUCCCCGCUGCUCAGCCCGCUGCUGCUCCUGCGGCUCACGCUGAGGCUGCCCGUUCCCCCGAGACUCCUUCCGCUGAGGCUGGAUGGCAGACUGCUGGCCCCGACCACAAGAAGUCGCAGUCUCGCGCGGGUGAGGAGACCGUUCUCGCUUACAUCAAGAACGUCAACGAGAAGGUCGAUGCCAGUCUGCUGAAGCAAACCUUGGCUCGCUUCGGCAAGCUCAAGUACUUCGAUGUCAGCCGCCCCAAGAACUGCGCCUUCGUUGAAUUCAACGAGCCCUCCGGCUAUGCCGCCGCCGUUGCCGCCAACCCUCACCAGAUCGGUAGCGAACAGAUCCUCGUUGAGGAGCGCCGUCCCCGUGGCAACGCCUACGGCAGCAAUGGUUUCCCCGCCGGCCGCGGUGGUGGUGCCGGUCGUGGUCGCGGUGAUCGUACUGGUAGCCAGGGUCGUGGUGGCUUCCAGCGCGAAGGCCGUGGCAGCUUCACUCCCCGUGGCCGCGGUGGUAACGUUGCCGCCAAGGGUCGCACCCAGGCCCAGGCCGCUUAA